GGUUAGGAGCCGGCUGAGAGGCGGGUCUUGUCCGAUCCACCAGCUUAGUGAGGAAGUGGAGGCUCCGGGCGAUGGCGAUGCUGUGACAUCACACUGUUCAGACGUCCAAUGACAGCACUCGCAUCAUGGCCGUGGGCGGGGCACCACACAGGAAGGACCAAUGAGAAGAAGGGACUGCCAUGACGGACAGGGAAAGGGCGGGCCGGCAGAUCGCGGGGGGAGGAGAGGGGUGACGCCGGCGGGAUGGGGCGAGACGGGGAGUGAGACAACAGGUGAAGUGGGCGGAGCGGUGGGCGGAGCCUCCUCCCUGCCCGUCUUCCUGUUUCCAUCUGAGCUGGUGUUUUAUUCACAACAGAGAAACUCCCACAGGAGGGUUUUAACUCUGUACAACCCAUACAGCUUCAGCCUGAGCUUCAAGAUGCUGUGUACCAUGCCGUCCCUCUACCAGGUGGUUGAGUCUGAGGGAAGCGUCCGAUCCAAGUCCUGCGUCGACCUCGUGGUGCGUCACCUGGACGUGUCCCCUCGGAACUGGGGCCGCAGAGACCGGUUCCGCAUGGAGGUGAGAGGAGGCGGUCAGGCAGGAGGGAGAGAGAUCUGGGCGGAGCUUAGAGGUGGAGAUGACGGAGGAAGAGGAGGAGACGAGGACGACGAGGACAGGAAGAGGAGGAAGGCCCCAGGAGGAGGAGGGGGAGGAGUCCAGCAGAGGGCACUGCCUCCUCUGUCUCCUCUACUGGUGCCCACACACACACACCUGCACACGCCCACCUGCGCAGGUGUGCGCAGCGUGUCCCAGUGGGUGGUGUGUGUGGCGGCGGCGGCGCUAUGUGUGGCAGUGUUGAUGCUCCCCCUCCAAUCAGAGAGCAGCGCUGUGGUCCCACACUGUCUGCACGUGUCCACCAAUCAGAAACUGGUCUGCGCAUACACACUGGGUCUUCUCACCAUGGUGUUUCUACGGUAACCAUCAACAUCUGCACUUCCUUCCUUUGAGUGACAGCUGCUUCACGUCGCCACGGCAACUGUUUGACACUGCCUGACCUUUGACCUCUGAGUGGUCCAGGUGGUCCUUAAAGUGGGCGUCCUGUAGGCGGGUCCAGAGGACGCUGUGACCCGGCCACUAACUGUGCCCAUGAAGGCUCCGCCCACACGUGAAUGUACGCCAUGGGGUCACAUGACCUGGAACAGCUGACAGUUCGUUCCUGUCGUCUCCUUUAACUGAUCAAUAAAACAUUCGACUACUGCGA